AUUAACGGUUCCCUCUUCCUCUGCCUCUCCGCUCGAACGACUCUCCUCUCUGGAAGAAAAACACUUCAAACGUCCGCUGGAUGCUGUGUCUGCCGCUUCACCUGAUUCUGUCGCUGUAGCCUCGGCGGUCCCUAAUAAUUUAGAAGGGGGUGGGGGGCGCAGUAUUCAUGAAAUAAACUCCAAACGUUAGUAAAAGAUGAUUUCGCCGUGGGAUCGGUGGUACUCGACGAGCUGCUGCCUCUGCUGCCAUGUACGGACGGGCACCAUUAUUCUGGGCAUAUGGUACAUGAUAAUCAACGCGGUGGUCCUACUCAUUUUGUUGUCAGCUCUCUAUGAUCCAGUUCAGUACCGGUACCAUCUUACCAGCUCCGAGUUGGGAACUGACAUCGACGUCAUGGAUGAUGCUAAUAUCUGCAUUGCAACUGCAAUAUCCCUUCUCAUGAUUCUUAUAUGUGGCAUGGCAACAUAUGGUGCUUACAAGCAACACGCUGCUUGGAUCAUUCCAUUCUUCUGCUACCAGAUCUUCGACUUUGCCCUUAACACACUGGUGGCCAUUAGUGUGGUGGUUUAUCCCAACACGGUGCAGGACUACCUUCAGCAGCUGCCGGGGACAUUCCCUUACAAGGAGGACAUCAUGUCCACAAACAAUAUGUGCCUAGUCUUUGCAGUCCUGCUCUUCAUUGGCUGCAUCCUCUCCUUCAAGGCCUACCUGAUUGGCUGUGUGUGGAACUGCUACAGAUAUGUGAGUGGCAGAGGCACCACAGAAGUCCUGGUUUACGUCACCACAAACGACACCACGGUUCUGCUGCCACCAUACGAGGAAGCAGUUGCCAUCCCACCGAAGGACCCACCUCCCCAGUACUUGGAGGCAUGAGACACGGCCUCACUGCUGAAUUAUACACACCAACUCCUUCCACAUCUACUUCUCAACAGUAGAAUCCCAACUCAGGCUGCAGUAACAAGUCAAGCCCGUGUUUGUAGAUGCAGGUUUCAGCCUGGACUCCUGUCAAGUUUAGAUUAGAUUAAGGUGACCCUGGGGUAACUCUGGUCCCCCUCCACUUCCUCCUGCCACCCAGUUUGUUGUGAUGCAUCGUCCUCUCCAACGACAGUGUGACCAUCCCCACCAGCGCUCCCUAUAGGCAGCUGCUCUUCGCUUGAAGCGCCUGAACUCUUGGCACGCCCAGAUCGCUCUGACCCAAUUUAAUGUGAACUCCUUUGUUUUUGCUUUAAUUAAAAACUGCAUCCGUUUGGCCACCAACUGUUAAGCCCCAAUGCUGUGAAUUAACCCUGGUGUCUUUGAAUGGAGACAAACUACAUGAAGGUCAAUGAAGCAAAGAAGAGUGUGAAUGAAAAAGCAACAAAUGUUAUCAGUAAAAUAGCACUUUUUAGGAACAAAUUGACAAAUUUUCUUCAAUGAAUGUAAUGUUGAGGUAUUUUUGUAUGACUUUUUGUAUUAUGGUAAAAAACCGAUUGGGGAAACGUGAGAAGUGUUGUGUUGGAUUAUUAACAUGUAUCACUCAUCCUGUGGGAAGGGAUACAGAAGAAAAUACACCUUGACUAAUAAAAAAAAAGAAAUGUCUUCUAUGUGUCUACCCAUCAACUGCCAGUGAAACCAUCAUUCAAGCCACUUAUUUCUGUCCCGAUAUUCCAGUUUGCCUUCCUAUCUUUUUUCCGAGAUCUAACAUGAUCAUCCAGUAAAGCCUGCAUCCGAAAAGCUGUUUACAGACUGACCCCUUACAGGUCCACAUCCAAACAGGGAGUAGAAUAAGAAACUAAAGUGAGUGCAUGUGGUAAACCGCUGUCUUUCCAUUGCAGCAGCAUUAACUGGGUCUCUAUAGCUCGACUUUUGUGUUCCCGAGAAUCAGUGAAUAAUUUGACCUUUUUAAUCAACAUGGCUUAGCUGGACCGAGGGUAUUUUCCUGUAAAGACCGCAUGACGUGCUGCUGUACAUGCAUCCUUGUUUUUCUUUGCGCGCUGCACAUGUGAUGUAAUUUCCCUGUCUUCAGUACAUAGUAAUAUUUCUGUUGCACAUCCUGCAAAAUGCAAAAUGAGAUGUUGAAGUCAGCUCAGCAUCAAUGUAUCUGGUUUGUUCCCUUGUGUAGAUGUUUAACUGUUGCGACAGACAAUUGGGAGGCAAAAAGUAAUGUGCAGUAAAUAAUAUAGUCCUUUUUGUCUGAAUUACAGAUAUUUAUAAGUGCAUCUCAAUAAAUUAGAGCAUUGGCAAAAUGUAAUUCAUUUGUAAAUCAAUUUAAAAAAGAAUUUUUAGUAAAGUUAAACAGUUAUCUUAUGACCUACACAAUCAUGAGGAAGAAUGCUGCACUGACAUUUUGUGAAGCUAGCAACAGGUCAAUGCUAAAGAAGCUGGUUGUAUCCAAACAAAUAAGCGGAAGGUUAAGUGAAAGGAAAAAGUGUGGUACGUAUAGGGCAAACGGUUCUGAUAACCACAGCCUUAAGGAGCAUUGUGAAGCAAAGUCCAUUCAAGAGUUUGUGGAUUAUUCUGAAUUAAAAAUAUAUUUAUUUGUCUAAUCUAAUGUUAUGUUUUGAGAAAUUACAUUUUGGGAUUUUAUUAGCGAUAUUUCAGUCAUUAUAAUGAACAGAAAUAAACACUCACUCAGUCUGUAAUGAAUCUAUAUGAUAUAGAAUUUCACUUUUUUUAUCAAAUUACUGAAUUAACUUUUCAGGCAUAUUCUAAUUUAUUGACAUGCAACUAACUGUAUCACGCAGACUAUGCAACUGUGUGUUCAUCAGCUCAUUAGUCUAGUUUUAUUCCAUUUGAUACUUGAACCCUGUUCUUAUUAUUGCUGUCCUCCCACCAUCAUUUAUUCCAGUAUGUAAAAUCUGACCAAUGCCUCUGCAAACCCUACAGUACUCCGAAUAGAAAUGCACUUUAAAGUCAGCUUCAGGCCACUGGAAACUGAUCUAUGUGGUUUAGCUUGUUUUACCUUACUAUGCUGUAGCUAGGUGUCUCCUAAUGUGACCCAGUUACAGUUUUCUGAACUGUACAGGCUUAUUGUUGGAGAUACCAUAAAUCAGCGUUUGCAUUGUGGGAAAGUUGCAGAAACGACAGAUUUUCAGAGGGAUCUGAACCACUUCAAUGCGGAUGCUAGUGGCUCAUUUAUCCUGUCAGGACGUCUGCCUCCCCUUUUGUUGGAUCUGCAUGAGCUCAUGUUAUCAAUUAUAAAGAAUAAAAGUUUAAAUCACU